CGCGGCCAGCUACCGCCAGUCAAACGCUGUUAUCCGUUGUAGACUGUUGGAGCUCGAUCGCGGCGUGUUUAGUAACUUCUACGUGCGUUUUGUUUGUGAUCAUUUUAAUAAAAAUAUUCGAAGUUUUGUAGUUGUUUCAAAAAAAGUAGUGCAGCAAAAUUUUUUAACAAAAUGACCAUACCAAAAACUGUUAAUCCCGAUUUGGCGAAUGAACGCAAGAAGGCCACCUUCGAUGUGGAGGAAUUCACCGCUUUUAUUCAUGACGGUGAAAGCUUCUUGCAAUUGAAAAGAUUAGCUGAAGAGGAACUAUUUUCUGACUUACCCGACCCUGUCGAAUUGGAUUAUCUAUCAUACGAAGAUUACUACAAUCGUACAGUUGAGCAAUGCGUAAACGCAAUUACUAAAGUAAGAGCUAUGCAAGAGCGCGUGAAUCCCGGCGGCUUAGAAGUUUAUCACACUCUCAUGACUGGACCAAUGGGUACGACUCUGAUGCCCGGCGGUACUCCGAUGGGUGUGCACUUUCUUAUGUUCACACGUGCGCUUAAAAAUCAGGGUACACCCGAACAGUAUGAGAAAUUCGGUCGUCGAGCAGACAAUUGCGAGAUUUUGGGUACUUACGUACAAACGGAGCUUGGUCACGGUACCUAUCUGCGGGGAUUGGAAACGCGCGCUGAUUACGAUCGCCAAACCGAUGAAUUCGUGCUGAACACACCAAAGCUGACCUCGUACAAAUGGUGGCCCGGUGGUUUGGGUAACACCGUCAACCAUUGCAUUGUGGUGGCACAGCUCUACAUCGAUGACGAACCAAUGGGUUUGCAGUUAUUUUUCUUGCAGGUGCGCGAUGAGCAAACACACAAGGCACUGCCGGGCAUUGAUAUCGGCGAUAUUGGCAAAAAGAUCGGUUUGCAGGCCGUGAAUAACGGCUAUUUGGGUUUGACUAACGUGCGUAUACCACGCACAAAUAUGCUGAUGAAGAAUGCCAAAGUCCUGCCGGAUGGCACUUUCGUUAAGUCUCCAGUCUCACAGUUGGCCUACUUUCCCAUGGUGUUUGUACGUUGUAUGAUUGUGUUGGUCAAUAGCGGUUUUCAUGCAAUGGCGGCGACCAUAGCGACACGCUACUCGGCUGUGCGUCGUCAGAGUCCCAUUAAACCGAACGAACCGGAACCGCAAGUGCUGGAUCACAUAACGCAACAGAUGAAAAUUGUGCCGGAGAUUGUUACAGCCAUUGCGUAUCGUUUGGCCGGUGUCAAGCUCAAUAAAAUGUACGAAGAAACCGCUUUGGCUGUCGGUCUCAGUGAUUAUUCGCGCCUACCGGAGCUACAUGCCUUGGCCUGCACCUUGAAAGCGUCUUGCACGUACGACUCAACUUUUGGCAUUGAACGCUUGCGACUCGCCUGCGGCGGUCAUGGUUACUUGGCCUCGGCCAAUUUUGGAAACAUCUUCACUUGGGCCACAGCGGCUUGCACCUACGAGGGUGAGAAUUCGGUGUUGUAUCUACAAGUUGGUAAGAUUUUGUUGAAAACCUGGGGCGAUAUGUUGAGUGCGAAGCCGCUGAUGCCUACCAUGGCAUAUUUGGGUGUGUGCGCCAGUUGGCAUGAGUUUCCGGAAUGGACUGGCGAUUGGCAGUGCUUGGUGCAGGCUCUGCAGUAUGCGGCCACGAACAAGACACUCAUCGCUAGUAAAAGUUAUACCAGACGCUUGGAGAGUGGCUUGUCGCCACCGGAUGCGUUCAACGUGACUGGCAUAGAGCUGACUCAAGCGGCUGAGCUUCAUGGGCGCGCCUUCGUGGCCAACAAUUUCUUUGAAGAAGUUACCCAAAAUCGUGAAAACCGUUCCGCAUCACUGAAUAAUUUGUUGGAGCAGCUGCUCGAACUCUAUCUGGUGCAUACGGUUCAACGGCAUAUGGCUGACAUUUUGCGGUUCAUUCAUUUGACCGACGAUCAUUUGACCUCACUGCAGGAUCGCCUCGAAACGGUGCUCGCUGAGCUGCGCCCGAAUCUCGUUGCCAUUUGUGAUGGUUUCGAUUUUCAUGAUAAAGUUUUGAGUUCCGUUUUAGGUUGCUAUGAUGGCAACGUCUACGAACGUAUCUUCGAGGCUGCUAAGAAGAGUCCACUAAACCAGAAAGACGUGCCGGCGUCAUUUGCGCAACAUUUAAAGCCGUUCAUGAAAUCGAAUUUAUAAAAAACUGGUACUUGAAACAGGGGAGGGAAAUGAGUUUAGGUGGUACGUGGGUUAAAAUGGGUGCUAUUUGGUGUGGUGAAUUAAUUUUAGAACUAUAUGUUUGUACCAUUUUGUUAUUAAAUAUCUAAGAAAAAAUAAAAGAAUUAGACAAUAAA